AUGUCUACUCGUAGGCGGGGAGUGAAGGUGUACGCAGCGGAUGAAGAGAACCCUCCUACGGUGUGGGUAAACAGGAACAUUCGCCGCCUGUCGAAUGAAAGUGAGGGGACUCCUCGUCGCCAAGCUCUUCGUGGGCCGAUUAGACAGGAGGGAGGACCCUCAAGGAGGAUGGUGCAAGAGGCAGAGUCGGGAAUUACUGCUGGGCAGGAGCAGGCCCAAAUGGAGAUUUCGGCAAGGGUAGGGAGAGGUCCUUCGAAGAAGAGUGAGGCUCUAGUACGGCGUCGAGCUAGCCCGAAGGGCUUUGCUAUUCCUAAACCGGUGCAUACGCCACGGUUUAGUCGAGUUGCUGCUACCGUGGAGGCAGAGGUCAACAAGGUCGGUCAGGAUAAGCCGCGAUGA